GAAAAACAAAACAAACCCGAGAGAGAACUGUAGCAGCGUGUGGACUCCAUUGAAAAAGACGGCCUUGUUAUUUCCAACAGAGCAACACACAAGAGAACCGACACCUUGCGAGAUGUAUGCGUGGGCGCCUUAGAAACCUCAAGCAUACAGAGAACAGCAGAUCACAAGAAAACAGACCAGACCAGGCCCAAAUACUGACAUCCCCCCUUUUCCUCUUUCCCGCAGCCUUGCAGGCUGCAUUCACAACAUCUUGUCCUUUAGCAGUAAUUUACUGUGCUAAUCCAACAACCUCAGACCACUGGGACUGGACAGAAGGCCCCAGAGAUCCCCCCAGCUAAAGCUCUUGGCUUUGCCUGGCAAUGCCUCAGCCCAGCAUCAUUGGGAUGGAGCCUCCCUUUGCUGACGCAUUUCAGAACUACUCUUUUGCUGACCAGGCCCUCACCAGCACCGACCUGCUCGCCUCCAACUCUGACCCAGAUUUCAUGUAUGAAGUGCAGGACAGAGACGUCACCCACCGACAGAGCCCCUCCAGCGACAGCUCCGGAGUGGGGGGCGAUGGGGGGAAGGAUGUGGAGGGCUGCGUGGACCAGCUCAUGGGUCUGAGCGAGAGCGAGACGGUCCACAGCAGCUCAGCGUUCGAACAGUGGGACUCCUACUGGGAGGACCUCACCAGAUACACACGGCUGGCCAGCUGUGAGAUCUGGGGCAACAAAGAGGUGGAUUUCCUCGGAUUGGAUGACUUUUCUAGUCCCUACCAGGAUGAGGAUGUGAUUGGUCAAACCCCGACCCUGGCUCAGCUCAACAGCGAGGAUUCGCAACCUGUGUGUGAGGCGCUCUACCCCCCUGCUGAUAUGAGUGGCCCUCCACUUCCCGGUCACAGUAGGAGACCCCUGAUCCCUGGCCAGGGAUUUGGCCCCGGCUCAGCACGGCCCUCCCCCAGCUCCUCUUCCCGUCUUUCCCGCAGCUUUCUCCCAGACUUUCCUGAAACCUCCCAAAAAGCCACCAGACCCGUCCCCUCCAGCACCGAGACCAUGGCCAAGACCCAGACCCUCCUCAGCCUCACCCAGGACUACGGCCAUGCGCAUACCAAGCCUUACGGCAGAGGAACCAAGAUGGCAGCCCCGAUGGACUUUGUGCGGAAGGCUAAAGUCCGUGUAAGUGCCGGGCUUAAAACUCAGCCCGACAUGCCCUCCCAGACGGCCUUUGAGAGGUCAAACCCACCUCCACCGCUCCCCCAGUCCCAUGACGGGAUGGCCGGCCCCUCAGCGAGCGCCAUCUUGGUGGUAGUUCCUGCUGCUGCAGACAGCGGCUUUGGCUGCCAGAUGAUCUAUGAGAGGGCCGCAGAGGGGGGAGGGAAGAAGGAGGUUCCUGUAGAUUGGUCUGCCAGCGUCCCCCCCCUGGUCGAGGCCAGUCCGGCCAUGGAGGGCAGCACCUCUGAGCAGGUCAGCGGAGAGGUGGAGGCAGGAGCUAGUGGGGGUGCUCUGGAUAAAGAGGCCACUGAGAAGAGCAAGGAGGAAGAGCACAACUACUCUCUGUUCCUCACCCGCUGCAGACUGGCCAGCAGAAGCCAGUCCGUGCUGGAAGAGGACGAAGAAGAGGAGGAGGAAGACGAGGAAGAGGCGGAGGAGGAGGAAGGCGAUGGGCUUGAGAUGGAUGACGAAGACCACGAUGAGGGUUUCGGCAGCGAGCACGAGCUGUCUGAGAUGGAGGAGGAGGACGACGAUGAAGAGGAGGAUGAAGACUACGAAGCUGACAAGGACGAAGACAUGAGUGACGCCUUCUCCGAGCCAGGUUGUGAAAUGGAGCUAAUGGACGACAUUAAAGGUCUGACGACGGGAGUCACCACCCGGAAGAGAGGCAAGCGUCGCUACUUCUGGGAGUACAGCGAGCAGCUCACCCCCUCCAAACACGAACGCAUGCUCAAGCCGUCUGAGUGGGACAGACACACGCUGCCUAGCAACCUGUACCAGAAGAACGGGCCUCUCCAUGGAAAGUACAUGCUGAAGAAGUCUCGCCGCACGGACGUGGAAGACCUGACUCCCAAUCCACGGAAGCUGCUGCAGAUCGGCACCGAGCUCCGCAAACUGAACAAGGUGAUCAGCGACCUGACCCCCGUGAGCGAGCUGCCGCUGACCGCACGACCUCGGUCACGCAAGGAGAAGAACAAGCUGGCAUCCAGAGCUUGUCGUCUGAAGAAGAAGGCUCAGUAUGAGGCUAACAAAGUGAAGCUCUGGGGACUCGGCACAGAAUACGACCGGCUCCUGUUUGUGAUCAAUGCCAUCAAGGAGGAGAUAGUUGCCCGAGUGGAGGACUCUACUCCGCGUCCGACCAACAUGGCCGACACUCUGGAGCAUCUCAUCAAAGAGACACUCGUGGCAUCACCUGUUGCUGGGCAGACUUCAGACUUCGUCAACAAGAUCUUGGAGACCACCGGACGCGGCGACCCCACCGGAGGGCUGGUCGGCCUGCGAGUCCCAACCUCCAAAAUCUAAACACACUGCAGUCCACUGAGAGACGUGUGCUAAAUAUUACCACCGUGCUGUCCCAUUGUAACUAUGCCCCCCCUCUGCAUGCCCCUCCAGCCCAAAGUACAUACACAUUGUUAGUCACACAAACACACAUACCACUCCCUGUGUGUAUGUAUGUGUGUUUGGCAUACACCCUAGCUUAAUGUCUCUGCACACUGCGAGUCAGUGCGUCACUGUCCCCCAACCCAUUGUGAGUGUCUGUUGGGAUAAGCGCCUCUAAAAGCAAGUGAUGGUCAGGUGUAUAUCUAAUGGCACGUGCGGAAUCCACUGGGGAUUAUUAGAUGCGAUGUGCAUAUUGUUGUGUAGGGUCCGUUUUAUUGGAGGUCUGCUUUCAGGGCUGAGACAGUCACACGAGUGUAACCACUGGAAUACUUCGUUUGAGGUUGUAUAACAAGAGGAAGAAUAGUUUCAAGUCAGACACCAUCAAAGGUUUGAAAAAGUUCCAGUUAUCAUUUCCUCCAAGAGGGUCACCUUACAUGGCAACAAAUAUGAACUCCAGAAUGAAAUUAAGAUCAAAUUGACCCAUUCAUUAUGGCACUUCGAUAAAAACGGCUUUGGUUGCCAACAAAGCUGCAGAGAGAAUAGUUUGUGUGCUCCGAGGCGUUUUCGGGGUGGCAGGAAAUAUUUUGUAUUGAAGGCCUAAAUACGUUCAUGCCAUCCCCUGUUUGCCAAUCAGGCCUGCUGUUGUUAAAAUGUAGGAGUUAACUUUAAGCAAAAUAAAGCUCGAAAAAAACCAGCUGAAGCCUAAAGAAUUUAAAAUGAGAGGCUUCAUGGCUUAUUUUGACUACGAUAACUUAAACAACAGGAGGUAGUUGACCAUAUUCAGAGGAAGUUGAUGUAGUUUGGUGCUUUUUGGCCUUGUGCUGGUUAUAACUGGACUGGGUAAAACGGGCAUUUUGCCAGAAUGGGAGCAGACUGUGAGGAUGAUGAUGAUGGUGAGGGUGAAAUAAUCCAUCUCCUCUAGGAAACUGUACAUAAAAGCGUCUCCCACUGAAAAAAGGCACAGGCUCCCCUUUUUGUACCGUAGAGAUGACCAGGCUAACAGUUUGGUGUGUUCAUACUAGUGUUUGAUCAGAGUUCUAUUCAUUGUGCCUUGUGUAUGUGUGUGUUUCUGUAGUCUGAGUGAGUGUGUGUGAGCGGGACUGAACGAGAAGAGAUGAUUGGUCAGAACUCCCUGAGGUCCAGCCAACGAGGGGACUACUUAACACUGAGGGAGAUUGUUAAUGAAUGCGAGGAGGGGGACAACUGCAGAGUUUUUCAGUUGUCUAAAGAUUUCCUGAAUGUACAUAAAACAAUAGGAAGCUCUCGUUGCGUCAUGCCACAGAGUCUGUGUGUGUAUAUAAGAGAGCUCUGCAAUGGUUACUUUUGUUUUUUGGUACUCUGUCUUUAGGGAUGUGGGCGGGGGGAGGGGUUAACAUAUUAUUUGUUUAGAGUCACAAAAAAAAUAUUUGCACACUAUAUUUUGAUUGUUUUUUGUACCAAAGACACAUGCAACGAAAUGGCGACCAGCCAGUUAAAGUAAGGUUUUGCACAGCUUACCUGACGCCGUAUUGAAUGUAAGAAAUGUGGGAGGGUCAGGGAACUUCAUAGAACUGUGAAAUUAGCUUGGGUCCAAUUCUGUACAGAAAAGGAGCAUUUAAUCAUUUCUUUAAAUCUGAAAAUGUAACCCAUCUAUGGGCUUCUCCAGUAGAUGUGUUGCUUUGCAAGCACGUCAUUCCUGAACUGAUUCCUCCCUCCACGUGCUAAUUGUUUUAUAGGUGCUAUUUUAGGACAUAAACCAAGAGCGCUAGUAGAUAAGCUAUGUUACAUUUUUGUUUGACAAAUUGUCACCAAGAAUAACCAAAAUGUUUUGUUCCUGUUGUCACUUGUUUGAUUUCUGUAUGUAGUCGAGGUUUAUUUCUUCAACAAAAUAUUAAUUUUGCUAUAAAGUACUGUAAAUAGAAACCUUAAUGCUAUAUCUAUCAAUGGUGGAAUGCCACUUUUCAUGACAAUUUAUUAAUUUUUAAGCAUGACACAUUUCUAAAAAAGCCUAUCCUUGCAUUGAGAAAGUUGGAGGAAAAAAAAACACAAAAACCAAAAAAAGUUUUUGUUAUAUUUUUGUACUUUAGCUGCCUGUUAGCUUCCCUGUUUGGAAGUAUUUGUUCAGUGGAAAGGAGAUGUGGAGAUAAAGAGGUUUUUAAGAGCACCCAGUCGAUCUCAAAGUUUGAUAUUUAAAACAACAUUUAACCAAUGGGUCUCCUUUGCUGGCUGAGGGAAAUACAGAGGAUUAUUCUAAUCACAGUGCAGCGAAGACAUGGUCCAGAAGGAGCUUUGAGGACAACAGCAGGGAAGUGUGAGGAAAGUUUCUGUAAGAAAGCCAAAGCCAUUUGAGUCUGAUUAAUCUUGGUUCAGUACUGUGCAAUGUCCUUCAGAUGUUCGCAAGUUUUCACUCUUUCACCAUGAAACUGGUUGAAUUUUACAUUUCCUGGGAUUGGAGGCCUUUGAGGUUGCAAUACUGAAUUAUAUCUUCCUUAGUCCUUCCUGACCGUUCACAGCAGCGAAGAAUAACUUUUUUUUAAGGCAAAACCGAGAGUUACAAUAUCCUGGCCUCAAAGUGUUCAGCAUGUCCAACCUCUAGAAAUGCAUGAUGCCUGAAUGCUUGCCUCACUGCAGCUUCCUCAGAGGAAAUGCCGCCAUUCUCAGGAAUAUUAAAAAUCAGUUAGUCAUUUUGUUAGCGGGCAAAUACAAACAAAACAUCCACAAGGAUACAUUCAGGUUAGUUGGAAGUGAAAGUACUUCAAAAAAAGAUGGAUAUGCAGAGCUUUUGUCUUUCUGUAUCAUGUGAUCGAAUAACAGCUAGUGCUACAUAUAUAUAUAUAUAUUUUUACUGAUUUCUGUUCCGUCUAAAAAGGGAGAAAUGGUGCUUUUUUUAAUGAAACUAGAAUGAUGAGUAUCUACUCAUAUUUGACUUCUUAGUUUUAGUUGUAGCCUAAUGACUUACCGUCCAUAGCUAUUUUCUUAGUAGUGAUUCAUUUUUGUACAUAGACUAUAAGUUGAUAUGUUUCUUCUAAAUGUUAGAUAUAUGUAUAGAUUACUCUAUCUUAUAUGUUUGAAAACAAAAAGCACUUUGUCCAAAAAAGAAAGAAAAAAUCAAACAAACUAAAGAAAAAGCAUUUUUUUCUUCCAUUUGCUGCUAAAAGGCCUGGUGUGAAUGCUGCAAGUGUACUUGAUAACUACUUGCUAGGAUAGGUCUAUUUCCUGACUUGGCUAGGUCUAUAAACUGGCAGGGAAUAGGUGUGCGGCCUGACGAGGGUUAGGUCUACAUGUUUCUGGAGCCACGUAAUGUUACGAGUGUUGAAUAAACCUGUAUCAUUGCUUGGUUUUGGAAAGCUAGAUCUAUUUCCUGGUCAGGAACCGCGUGGAUAGCGGGUUUGUGGUCUUAAAAAAAAAAGAGGGUUUUGAUUCCAGGGCCCCUACUUUGAUCCUGACGCUGACCCCCUUGGCGUCAGGAUUCAUUUGCCUUCAGUAGAGGUUUCCUAUGGAAAAACUGAUUCUGCUUUGGCUUCCUCUUCAGGGUGAUGUACAGUGUAGACACAUUUCUCCAGAGAGCUAUAUUGUUAUCAUUUGUAAACUGAUUGCUACUUGUGACUUAAUGAGGAGGAGGGUUUAGCCUGGGGCGGCCAGGAAGAGCCGUUUGAAAGGUGUUGUUCCGGGCCGCCUUAGGGGAAGUUACUAUAUCACUGUACUGUAUGGCAAGCCAGUUACAAAUGGAGACUCAAUCCGGACACUUAUUGCCUUUUUGAACUUUUACACACAAACAAAUAAUAUAAAUUGGCGAACUAGUCAGUUGCCAAAGGGUGAGCCCGAGGCUUAUGACAUUGUUCCGCCAAUAUACAGUCAACAACAACAACAACAACAACAACAAUAACAAAACUGUUCAGCAUAAAUGGCUCAAAACAAACCUUGACUGAAGUAUCAGACGUGGUGCAAUAUCUCGGAGAAAUUGCUACAAAUGUUGAAUUAAAAUUUGAACUAAUUGUGCUCAGUCGAAUCUUUUGGUACAAUAUUUGAAGCAAUUUCUUUCAGCAACAAUUUUGACCAGGUCUGGCCAGCGGUCAACAGUGGAUACAUUGCCGCUGGUUGGCUAGUUUUGUAGUCGCUCAUGAGGCUGAUCUAAGAAAGAGUUCUCACAGGUUUUUACAUUUAACAUGAUAGGUGCAAGCUGUGCAACUUUACAUUCGAACAAGGAGACUCUGUGGCAUUUUAAAAAGUCAAGAAAACUAGUGAAAAUCCACACCAGUAACUAUUCCUUAUUCUUUUUUUAUUUCUGGUGACAUAAAACCUAUACAGUCAACUAUUAUGCUGAUGGUGUAUCUUUGUGCUACUUUUGUCCAAUAAAAGCUUACCGUAAAGCUCUUCAGCAAAUCAGGGUAAUAUUGUUCUUCUAUCUGACGUAUGUGAUGACAUAAAAUCAAAAGAAAAUAUAUUUAUGUAUUCCAAUUAUUGUCGCCAUUCUUUACUCUGUACAAAAAUAUGUGUGUGUAUGUGUUAUGAAUUAUCAAUGUCAAUCAAUAUAGUGCAAUCCUCUACACAAACUGAAAAAAAGGCCAACAGUCACAAUAUUCACAGUUUAUCCGAUUUAUCCACAUUGGAAUUAAAACAUACACGACCUACGACAUUUUCCUCUCACAAAGGAUUUGAUUUCACAUGGUGCUGAUUACUUUUCAUUAUCCAGGUAAUCCUCCAAGAAUUUAAAUAGCAUCUGUAUUUAUAUUCACUCAAAAACAUAACAGACUCCCACCCCCCCCAAUAUUUUUCAUUGAUUCUAUCCUAUUGGACUAAACAGAGGAACAUUUUCACUCUGAACGACAACAAAUUGGUGAUUUCUAUUUUAUUGAGCUGUAUGAUUGCUAUUGUUAGGCAAACCAUUGUUUCUUUUGUAAAAAUCAUUCUCAUUGAUUUGAUACCACAGCCUAAAGUCACAGAGGAUCUUUAUAUCAUCUGAGAGGUACAAGAUUUCCCCCAGGACUGCAAAAUAAAUGCAUUUAUUUGGGUGUAUUAUAGGCCGUUAUUUUGUUGAUUUAAAUAGUACGUAGGAUUUCCUCCUGUUAUUAAAAUACAGGUACUUAUUCAAGUUGAUAGUAAAUUUGGCACUAUUUUCUUGUUUUAAGCUGUACUUAUGUAUCCGUAUGUAAUAAAAAGGUAUAUAAUGACUUGGUGUUUAAUGAAUAGAUGUUCCCCUCUACUGAGUAUUUUUAGCAUCUUUCAGCUUGGUUCUUUGGCCCCUCAACUUCAACUCAACUAAGCACUUUUUUAGAAAAUUACGGAUCUAAAAGAUGAGCGUUACCAAAUAUCCUUGUCUCACUAAAUUGGGUUUGUGAACAAUAUUUUACAAAUGGACCUCACCUCUUGCUGGCUGUGGUGUCAGAUCUCAGAGUUUGGAUUCUGUUUUCAGAUGUUUCUUGUCUUGUUUUGACCCAUGUGGGCUGCUUGUAAAAACACCUCGUCUUGAGAGGUUGUAUGCAUAAUGCCCUCCAUGUUUUUCUCUGUGUAAAUUGGAAACAUACAAAAAUGUGACAAAAAAAACCGAGCGGGAAUAAUGUUUCUGCAUGCCGACUCCCUGCAACGCACUUCUAGAAGAUCCUUCACUGCACUCGAAGUCACAUUUUGUCAUAGUUGCUGCUAUUUAAUGAGCACAAAGAGCGUUAUGUUUUUCGUUAAGUGUAUCAAUGAUUCGAUAACAGUAGACUAUUAACACAUACCCUGUUUUUUUUUCACACUUUUUUUUCGACAGUCAAAAGACCAAAAGUGUUACUCCCCUUGCACUUGGUUUUUGAAUAUGAUGCCUGCUGAACCAGGUGCCUUAAUCAAAUCUUCGAGAACACACAUCUGCACCUUCUGUCAGUCUGGAGGGGGUUUCCCCACAGAAACAAGGGGCUGGGUUUCCCAUAACCUAAACUUGAAGUACAGAAAUGAAAUUAAAAACUAAUUUCAACCCAAAAUAUUUAGUAUGAGAAAUCAGCCUUUAACAGUGAAUGAGCUUUUUGUCAUGUCUGAAUAUGAUUUCCCUUUAGUAUUACUGAAGAAGAGCAUACAUGUGAACUAAAUUCAUGUUUUGGGAAACCUGGUUCCAAUUGUAACUUUCUCUGCCCACUACGCCACAUUCUUGUGUUUUGUGUAUUGGCUGCUGCUGCUAUCACCGCUGGUGUGUCCGUUUAGAGAACAGUACGUUUCCACUGUGUCAAAGGCAGAGGGAGACUUGGGCCUGCUUUAAUUAGUCGAUUACAAUGCAUUCUUCUUCUGUGGUUUUGACAUUGAGCACCGUGUUGCUGCCUCUUGAGAUCUUUUUUGAGAAAAACGAAACAAAAAAAAAGCAUAAAACAGACCUUUCCGUUUCUUAACUUUGCUAUAAUGAAGUGCCAGACCCUCCUUGAAGCCAGUGUUGGCACUUAGUGGCAGGGUGCAAAUGAAGCGACAAACUGAGCAUGGAGGUAAACUGUGGUGCUAAUCUGUCAGUGGCUGGGUGCUAACAUGGCUGAUGUAAAAAGCUGUUUUAGCCAUAUUAUUCCUACUGUCGAUGACUCUUGUCAGUCUUGUGUUUCUGACUGCUGUAUGCUGACAUAGCGAGGUAUAACUUUGCUGCUGCUGCUUUGCGGAUGAAUGUAGACUAGUCUUCCUUAGCAGGAUCAUACGGACAGACGUGUCUGGUGGAGCUUUUCCUGUUGUGCUACUUCCUUACACUUUUGUUUUGAACACAGGGAGACUCCUGUUGUCCGGAUCCAGAAGGAUCAUGAAUGUUGUAUCUUUAUAUGGCCGCUGUCCUGCUUAAAUGUUUAUACCUAUUUCUUUUUAUAUUAAUAUUUUGGUUUGAUAUUUAUGCGCUGACUUUGUCAAAUGUUGCACGAUUGAAAUUUGAUUUUUCCUAAAUUAUAUCUUAUUGCCUUUUUUCCCUUAUUCCAGUGUUCUUACAAUUUAUUUGAUAUUUAUUUGUUUCGUCCUAUAAAUUAACAUGUAAGGAGACAUUUGUAAGACUUAUUAGCUUUUCCACUGAAGCAGGCUUUACCAGGAGUCACAUGAGGUUCACAGGUGUCAAUCAAAGUCACAAUGAAACUGACUUUUCUAUUAUUCCCUGUAUACCUAUAAACCAACAUAUUUUUUAGAUUGUUCAUAUAUUUAAAAAAUGUAUCUUAUUACAUUUACACAUUAUAUCAGUUAUAUUAUCUCAUGUACCAUAGAUACGAUUUUGUAAAAUGUGCAACUUUUGUAAGAUAUGCAAACAUUAAGGACGAUCUAUAUUUAGUGCUUAAUUAGACAGUAAAGACUCAAUAAAUAGAUCAGUAUGCAAAACAGAAGGAAAUAUUAUGAAGAAAUAUCAGAUAAUCAGUUUGAAAAUGAAUUUACAAAUAUUUAAAUAAAGCAACAGAUAUAUUAGGAUAGAUGGAUAAAUACCUAAAAAAGGACUAUAUUUGCAAAUCAACUUUAACAAAAGUCCUGUUGUCUCUGUGUUGCACACAAACAGAACGAUGAUUGUGUUGCAAUCAGAGUCUGGGAUUCAUUUGCUGAAAGUAACAACAAAAUGACAGAUUUGCCCGUAAAAACAUUAUUAUUACAUAGAAAUAUAACACAUAGUGGCUUCAGUCAUUUGCCGUCCUGUGUUUAAUUGUAUAUGACUUUAACAUUAUGUUCUGUCCUAAUGCUAAAGUAACAAGGUGCAGUUUCAUUGUGACUUUGAGCAGUGGUCUGUGAAGCCCAUGAAGCGUUCUGUCAUCGAAGGUUUGAGGCAGUCAGUCAGCGCCUGGAAACAGACUCAAGGACUCAGCUCUUCUUUGGUCACGACUCUGAACCGAGGUGCUCCACAGGUCAGGAGUCGCCCCUCUCUAACUGUGAGGGGGAAAUUUGAAUAUUCGAUCAGUUUUCUGGGAAAACUUUACCACUGCGCCAGAGAUGUUUUGUCCCCUUCUGGGUGCUUAAUUUUUUUCAGAAGGGCUUUGGUUCGCAGUUGUCUUGUCAGGGAGCUUCUGAAAUAAGAUGGGGGGGCCGCUAAAGGCUGGUGGGCAGAGACCCCUCCACCUCCCCUGCAAUGAAUGCUGGGGGGGGGGGGGCGGGAGUCAUUUCCUCUUCUGCAGACUGAUCUUUUCGAAAGCGAAAACAACAACCCACCCUAAAUGAAAAUAAAAAAACAAAACCCCUUUCCAUAUCUACACGCGUCAUUAUCCAACACUAAAGUGAUUUACAUCUCCUUCCAGAUUUGCCAAAAUGCAUGGAGCGAGACACAUUUAAUGAGCAGAAAAUGUUAAAGUAUAUAUUCUGUUUCCUUUCUUUUCUAUUUUGAUAAUAAAGACAGACAGAAAGAUGAUUUUAUGGGAAAUCCAUACAAGCCUAAACAUGUAGAGGAUGUGGGAGGUAUUGGUCAUCAUGAGCUCUACAGCUACAUGCUAUUGUUAUGAUGCUUCUGGUCUUGUAUGGUAACUUAUAUGACUAGAUCAACAGCAUGGGAUCUUUCUGUAGUUAGUCCUGUGUGUGUGUUCCUCUCCCCAGUCUCAGUAGGAGGGCUGUUCUUCAUUGCUAAGUGCUCUAUAAUAGAUCUCUUGGUGAUUAUAAUUUCAUAAAGAAGCAACUUACAGAAAGUGUAUCCUGCUGAAACUAACUUGAUCCUCUCUUUAGCAAUGACGUCUAUAUUUGUAGUUCACAUAUAUGCCUGUUCAAAUACAAUAUCUUGACAGUUGAUAUAUUUAUGUUGUGUAAUAAGUGUUGUGCUGGGUUUAACUUUUGUUAUAUCUAAGUCUUUGUUUUACAUUGUCUUUCUUUCUUGGAGGCACAGUGGGUGGGCUUUAUGCACAGUCUUGGAAAUGUAAAAGAUGUUUUUGUUUUAUUUGGUUUGUACUGUCUGUAACAACUCAUUCUGUUUCAGAGCUUCGGACAAUAAUUGUCUCUGGCUGCUUGACAUCCUGCGGCACCUGCCCUGAAUCUCUGUUGUGUUAUUGUGCCUCUUUCUUAUUUUUUUCAAACAUUCUUUCUCUGUUGUAUCAGCCAGGAGUUGAUACCACAGCUCUGCUUGUAACCACAAUAGUCUGAUUAUGUUCAUUGAUUUUAAUAUCAAAAUAAUAAAACCAUUAGCAACCCA